AUAUAUAUAUAUAUAAAGAAUGGAAGAAAGAAAUGGCGAUGGUCGAGAAGAGAGAGGGAGAGAGAGAGAAAGCGCGCGCAGGAAUUCGAACAAGGAAAGCAAAGCUUGUGUUGUUGGUGGAAGAAGGAAGGUAGAUAGAUAGAUAGAUAGAUAGGUGUAGUGUAGGCCUGGGCUGGCCAGGGCCUGGCAAUUGAAUCGAAUUGAAUGCUUGAGAAGGAGGAGGAGGAGAUUCCCGGUCAGCCGCGGCAAAGCCGAAAAGGAAAGCAAGCAACGAAGGAGAGAAGAAUCAAAAUCAAUACAAUCUAAAGAAACAAGCAAGGAAGGAAGCUCGAUCCAUUUGAGCAAUCCUUCGUAGGGAGAGAGCUCCGUCGAGGGUUUGAUAGGGCAGACAAAGGGGAAAGAGAGAGAGAGAGAGAGAGAGAGAGAGAGAGAGAGAGAGAGAGAGAGAGAUAGUGAGAGACAGACAGACAGACAGAGGCAGAGAGAUCUCACAGCGGACUACUUUCAGAUUUCUCUCGCAGAAACAUGUCUGCUAUUUUGUGCGGGAAGAGAUCCAUCUUCGAGGAAUUGAGUGCUGCUGCUGCCCCUUCCAAGAGAAUCCGCUGCUCCUCCUCCCCCGUCCGAUUCUCUCCUCCUACCCAACCUUUCUUUGAUCAUUCCUCAUCUUCUCCUUCCCGAUCUGCCCUUCUCAUUGACCAGCUCUUCUCCAUCUUCCCUAAUAUGGAUAAGCAGCUCCUUGGGAGAGCACUGGCAGAAUGCGGUGAUGACUUGGAUUUAGCCAUUAGAAGCUUGAACAAACUCCGAUUAGAGUCUGCUCAAAAUGAUUUAGCCUCUGCUGAUGAUAAAUCUGACGUGGCAUCAGAAGCAAAUGUUCAAACCCAAGGCGAUGCAUCAUCGUUGGCUCAAGAGAAUGUCCCUGCUGAUGGCGCAGAGUGGGUUAAGCUCUUUGUUGGAGAGAUGAUGAGUGCAGCCAAUGUGGAUGAUGCCAAAGCGCGUGCUUCCAGGGCGCUUGGAAUGUUGGAGAAGUCCAUCUUUGCCCGUGCUCAGGCAGAGGCCCAAACCUUCCUCCAAGAGGAUCGCAUGCUAAAGCAACAAGUAGAGACAUUGAUUCAGGAAAAUGCAAUCCUCAAACGAGCUGUAUCCAUUCAGCACGAGCGUAAAAAAGAGUAUGAUGAUAGGAGCCAGGAGUUGGAGAAUUUGAAGCAACUAAUUUCCCAGUACCAGGAGCAGUUGAGGACUCUUGAGGUGAACAACUAUGCACUGACGAUGCAUCUGAAGCAAGCUCAGCAAAGCAGCUCCAUUCCAGGGCGUUUCCACCCUGAUGUAUUCUAGAAAGGAGUAUAUGACAGCCCAGGUCAGGUCAAGUAAGUAUCCUCAAAUUACAUAUAAUUAAUACAAUAUGCGUUUAUUUACGUAAGACUUGGGGGAGGUCGUACAUAUAUGUGUUGAUGCUAGUGAUUUGCCUCUGGUAAGACUUAGAUAGUGAGUGGGCUGAAGGAAAGUCAUCAAUUAAGUUAAUCUAGCUAUAUAUUUAUUUAUCUGAAGCUUUUUCUUUUUUCCUCUUUUUAUUUUAUUUUGUAAUAAUUUGGAUAGUAACUUGUAAGAGUUGAUUAUAGAUAAUCAGCAUCUCUACAGCUUAGUUAAAAUGUUGUAUACACCAUACAGCUGCGGUUAGAGCAGCCAUUCCGGUUUCUGUAUUUGUUGCUGUCCCCUUCCUUGUUUAGUGAACAUUUGUCAUCAGAUCAGAAGAGAUCUGUAAUUUGAUGACAAAAUAUACAAUGUAAGAUGUGCAUGCAUAUUUUCUCUCU